AUGUCCGAAUCGAGCACCCUUGCCCCUCCACCUGUCGUAGACAAUGGGCCGACUGGUACAAACAAUGCCACCAAUAUCACUUUCGAGAUUCAUGAACAAGCAACAGCAUAUGGUUCAUUGUAUGGGAUGGCGUUAUUAUGUAUCAUAGUUGGUAGUAUUCGAUCGUUGUGGUUCGUUCAACGGCAAAUUCGUAAGAAGAAACUUAUUGAAGCAUCAAUCACGGUCAAAGAGGCCAAAAAAUUCCCCAUAACUGCAUCAUGCGUCCUCUUCGGUCUAUACUUAUUCUUCAAGUGCGAUGCAGAAUGCAGACAAAAGAUAUGGGAAUAUCUGAGUGCGAAUAUUCCUGAGAAGUAUAUGACUAAAAUUAGUAAAGUAUUAUCAUUUAUGCCCAUAACACCAUCGUCCAAUUCAUCGAUGUUGACGCAAAAUAGUACGACGACAGCAUCCGCGUUUAAUCUUUCACAUCUCCUAUCAUUCAUCAACAAAGCGAACAUCAUGUAUUUGCUGCUGCUCCUUCUAUGCUAUGAAGGUUAUUACUCGUUUGAUUACGACCUUCUUGUAUCGUCGUGA